UGAUCUGCUGUUAUCGCGAACUCUAAUAAUCUUAUCCCGAGUCUAAUUCUUUGAAUAUUUCGGCGAGAACGGGUGAGAUGAAGCUUUCGCGCGUUCCGUCGGACUGACGCCGUAGACGUAGAUAAAUUAAUUAUGGACGAUUUCACACAAUACGGAGUUUUGGAAAAUAAUCUUUGAUAAUCUUGGCGAUGCCUUGCGUCUCAUUUCGCCAAUUCGACAAUACGAUAUCAAUAUAACGGGACUGUGAAAUCACAACGCGGAUCAUCCACGUUGCCGAAUGACUGCGACGCGUGCACCGCUCAGACACUCGUCGUUUUCUUAUCGUGAGGUUCUCACGAGGCUUUGCGAACGGUGUGGCGACGGGAGAUAACCUAAGCCGGCAUAUUGCCAUAUGUCGGAGGGAACACGGUGAUCUCGACGAAUUUUAGACGCCGCAAGAGAGAAAGAGAGAGGAAGAGAAAUCCACGUGCUGUAUUUCGCUGGGUUCGUUCCCGGCCGUCGGCAGCCUGAACCUCGAUUCCACGAUCGAUGAACCUUUCAUGUCCAUCUUUUGCUUCAAGAAUUUUGUUGACAUUCAGCUCGGUGACGCUUUCCGUUGAUCUUCUCCUUACCGUGUCGUAAUUGUAUAUGACGAUACGAAACGUUAACGAUACUUAAGAAUUUUAGAAUGGCGAAAGGCAAAACGCAAGAGAAGGCCACGAAGAUAAGAGCCAAGACGUCUAAGUCGAAUAAAAGUUUAAAAAUGCCGAUAAAUUUUAUAAUCGUCACUGCGAGUAUGGCCGUUGCCAUUUGGUUUGGAUACAAGGGAUACCUCGAAACGAGAGUUAAUACUCCAUGUGAUGUGAACAAGCUAGUUACUGCAUCUGGAUUGGACGACCCGGAUAGAUAUUGGGGUACCUACCGUUCCGGGGUGUAUUUCGGCUUAAAAACAAGAGAUCCGCAUUCCUUGGUGACUGGUUUGAUGUGGUAUAUUCCACGUUACCUACGCCACGAUGGAAGUGGAUUUAGACAUUGGUGCGAGCAAGGCGAUGAGUUAGACAGAUAUGCCUGGUUGGAGCACGACGGACGAACAUUUGGCGUUCAGGAAAUAGUAGACGGUUCUGUAGUUAUAAGUACAACAUUCGUCAAAAGACCUGGUGGAUAUCACGGUGGUGACUGGACCGCGAGAAUUGCGGUGUCGCCGAAAAAAGAACGGGUUGGAGAAGAAAUGUCGCUGUUAUUUUAUACCGCUAUUGAGGAAGGCACGAAAGGUUGGAUAAAGGCUAAUUUAGGGGAUUACAAUCGUUUGACGGGAAUAGAAGGAAAUACGCAGGGAUUGGGAUCUUUCGUUAUAAACGUAAAUUUAAUAAAUGGCACUGUGGAAGCGCAUUCCUUCCUAGCGACAGUCGCUCCUGGUCUACACGUACUGAAAGAAACGGUACUGCAAAAUCUCCGCGUCGCAACUCAGAAGGGAUCCAUGGAGAAACACGUAGUUUUAGCUGGCGAACAAUUGCCUUUGCUGCCUGAAGGCAAGAAGAAGGAUCCAAAUUUCAUCGCUACUCAAGUGACGGGAAAAAUCCCCUUUGAGAUCGAAGUUAGUUAUGAAUCUGGCAGUUUUAGUAAUAGGAUAGAGAAAUUAACGGGCAACGUUUAUGAUGAGGCUCUUAAGGAACACAGAGAACUGUUUUCGAAGAAAUUUGAAACUAUUUUCAAACUCAAGUCCAAGGGAUAUACGGACGAUGAAGUAGCGUUUGCGAAGAUGGCAUUUUCGAAUCUUAUAGGCUCGGUAGGUUACUUUUAUGGGACUUCGCAAGUGCAAAGUACGUAUACCAAGGGACCUGUGCCUUAUUGGAAAGCACCUUUGUAUACUGCCGUACCAAGCCGAAGCUUUUUCCCGCGAGGUUUCCUGUGGGACGAAGGUUUUCACGGUUUACUUAUCUCGGCCUGGGACACAGAAAUAGAAUUAGAUAUCAUAAGCCAUUGGUUUGAUCUGAUGAACGUCGAGGGCUGGAUACCAAGGGAGAUGAUCCUGGGCCAGGAAGCUCUGGCCAAGGUACCCGAAGAGUUCGUGACUCAGAUCAAUACGAAUGCGAAUCCGCCUACAUUUUUCUUAACGCUGGACUUUAUGCUCCAGCAUAAAGAGCAGAACUUGCUGAAACAUUUCCGGUUACUCAACAACCUGUAUAAACGAUUGCAGGUAUGGUUCUCGUGGUUUAACGUCACGCAAGUCGGCGAGCUGCCCAGUACGUACAGAUGGCGAGGCAGAGACGAGAAGACUACCAGAGAGUUGAAUCCCAAAACGCUCACAUCUGGCUUGGACGAUUAUCCCAGAGCUUCUCAUCCAAGUGUGUCCGAACGUCACGUUGAUUUGCGUUGCUGGAUUGCCUUUGCCGCUCGCGUUAUGGCUCAACUCGCCGAAACGUUGAGUUACCCUGCCACAAGGUACCAAGAAACAUUCCAGUAUCUGUCUAAUAAUAACUUGUUGAACAAACUACAUUGGUCAUCGAAUGCGCAAGCAUAUUCUGAUUACGGUUUGCACACCGACAAGGUGGUUCUGCGGAAACUCGCGUCGCCGCCACCUCGUGCAAAUAAACAACAAUCUAAUGUACAACCGCCGGAAAUGACACGCAUCGUACUGGAAAAUCCGUCUUUGAAGUUCGUCGACACAACCUUUGGAUACGUAUCGUUGUUCCCUUUCAUUCUACAGAUUGUCGAGCCCGAUUCGCCACAACUGGGGAAGAUACUGCAGGAUCUACGGGAUCCUGAUUUAUUGUGGACAAAGUAUGGACUGCGAUCGCUCGCGAAAACAUCGCCUUUAUACAUGAAAUACAAUACGGAACACGACGCGCCUUACUGGCGCGGUCCAAUCUGGAUAAAUCUGAAUUACUUGACAGUGCGGGCCGCGUAUCAUUAUUCUAACGUAACGGGACCGUAUCGGGAAAGCGCGAGAAGGAUAUACCAAGAAUUGCGAAAGAAUUUGAUACAGAAUCUUAUUAUGCAAUAUAGGAAGACCGGAUAUUUGUGGGAGCAUUACGACAGCACGGAAGGAAAGGGCAAAGGGAGCCACCCUUUCACCGGCUGGACUUCCUUAGUUGUACUACUUAUGGCAGAAAUAUAUUAAAUGUCGUGCUAAUGUGUAUAUAUCGAAUAUGAUCAUUCUGAACUAUUUCACCGAAAGUGGAAUCAAAAGACACUGAAGUGUUCAUUCAGAUUCGAGUUAUCACGUGGAUCUGUUGAUAGCACUUUGCGUUUAGACUAGACAGAAGAACGACAAUUGUAUAAUUGUAUUAUUUUGUUGUAUCACUAUUACGUUAUGUGUGUAUAUUAUGUUUUUAUCUUUUAUACAAUGUUAUAUCAUUGGUGAAUCAUUGUGUUGUCGGAAAGAAAAGCAUUUGUAAACAUGUCAAGCUAUAGUUGUAUGAUAUACUCGCACGUACAAUUUACAUUAAUUGGGAGAGAUAAUAAUAUUCUUUGAUAUCUUGAUGGCCUGAUAUUCUUGAUAAUAAAUCUAAAUCUAAAUUCUAGAUUGAAGAUAGUUGCAUCUCUUCUAACAAAAGCGUUACUUAUAAUGUUUCUACAAGUACUAUAAGUAUAUAAUACUCCAUUAAAUCACGAUGCCGAAAAAUAUGUAUGACAGUCAUUGAAAUCAUUCAUUAUAUAACAUUUUAAUUUUAAUAAACCCCAUGUGCGAGUUUACAAAUUAUAAUAUAGAGUUCAUAAUGUUAACAAAAUAAGGAUCAAGUGUGUGAAAACAAGUAAUACUUUAUCUAAAAUAUAUCUUCAGUAAGAAUAUAGAAUAUUCUAUUAAAUCACGAUACUGUGCUGAAAAAUAUGUAUGACGGUCGUAUAAAAAUUAUAGAUAUAUUUUAAGUAAAGCAAUAUUCUUGUUUUUACACAGUUCAGUGGUUUUUUAUUUUGUUAAUAUUAUGAACUCUAUAUUAUAUUAUAAUUUGUAAAUUCACACAAUGUGGUAAUAAUACUGUGCAAUUGUCUUGAAGGAAGAAGCUAGAUUUCAAAUCUUGGCUGUGAUUCACUGAAAACUUGUAUAUCCCUAAUCUUAAGCUCUUUUGGGAAAAGCGCUGUGUUUUAUCAUUGUAGCACACUUCGAAAUACACUUAUUUAUAUGGUUGUACAAAAAGGAGCUUUUGCUAAUCUAGCCGUUUUCUAAAAAUGGUUUUCGAAACGGAAGUUCAGGCUGCGUAUAGCGUAAUAAAAUGUUAUUUACACAUU